AUGUUACUUCACUGCUCUUCGAUCAUCCCAUCUCGAGUGUGCCUCACAGCUGGAGACUUGCUCAAGAAUGUUUUAGAGUCCUUGUCAUUAGGUCAAAUUUGCCAACUUGAACGUAUGUGCUCGAUGUCAGGAAAGAAUAAGAUCGAGGAUCACUCAUUAAAUUUGUCGCGACUACCAUCAUAUGAUGUGGAUGCUAUGAAUAUCAUACUUUCUCGCGUGGAUUCUGUCGACAACUUCACUGAUCUCGCCGCCGGAAUUCGUCCAGCUGUCAAACGUAUGGCUAGCACUCUUGCUACUACGUUUCCUUUGAUGAAGGAUUUUCGUAUGCGAGACGAUCAGCAGAACUCUUUAGCUACCCUUACAAAUCGUUUUCUUAUGGCUUUAGAUUACAAGCUAAGGUCUACCACUGGUUCAACUGUUCUCAUUCGAUUACAAUAUCAACUCCACAAGAACUCAAUGAUGAGAAAUGAGAAAAACAAGACUGUCGCCAUGGUCAAGAAAUGGUCAAAAAAAAAACGCAAUAUUAAAUACAACGUACUAGGAAUGGUGAUCUUCGCUGAAGCAAAAGGUGGAGGCGGAGGAGGUGGAGGAGGAGGUGGUGGCGGCGGUCAUGGGGGAGGUGGCGGACACGGUGGAGGUGGAGGCCACGGAGGUCAUGGAGGACACGGUGGUCACGGAGGCCACGGUGGUCAUGGCGGUCAUGGUGGUGGAGGUUUCGACUUCCAUAGAUAUUCUCACAGCUUCGGCAGUUCAUCCAUCUUCUCUGAUUCCGGUUCAAGUGGCAGUGGUUCAUACGGUGGAGGAGGCGGUGGUCUUCUAGGAUUGCUCGGAGGUCUGUUUGGAUUUCGUCAACCGUACUCCCAGUCUUACUACCAGUCAUCCUACAGUCCAUACGCUUACCAAUCAUCAUACUAUCCGUACUAUCGGUCUUCGUAUUAUCCAAAUUAUCAACGAGCCGAAUGGCACUGUGCUGUACAACAGUACGUUGGAAUGGUUGGCACCCGACAGCAGUAUUACUGUGUGUGCAGUGGAACAGCAUCCUAUCAGUACGACCGUUGUUAUCACUCCUACAACUACUACUAUCCAUAUGUUGAUGCGAACAAUAUUUACGGCUAA